CUGCGGCCCGCCCGCACGACACCGGCCCGGUCUCUAACCUGACUGACACUACCACUCGAUGACUCAUGAACAUACGUACAGCCCUGUGUGAAACUGUCAGGAGAGUUUAGUGCGAACGGUGUGUAGCUCCAUGUAAGAGCGAUCAGUGCUGUGUCGGUUGUCGUGUGCCCUUGUCAUGUGGGGAGUGCGAUGGCGCUGAUGGACAGCAUGUGUCCGCGGAGGCCGCUGGGCCUGCUCGUCGCGCUGCUCGCAGCCGCUGCGCUCGCCAACCAGCUCGAGGACAUCCCGCACAAUGAAGUCAAAAACUGGGCGCUAAAAUUUGGUGUCGACUUAUGGGAAUUCGGCAGACACUUUACAAAAAUGAAUCAAAUUCAAAAUAAAUACCAUGAGUACAACGUGGAAGUUGUGCGGAAGGAUGGAUUGCUGCUCGUACGCGAGCUCGCUGCUGAGGUCAAGAACCAUAUGGACUUCAAGAUAAACGCCGUUAUGCGCAUAAUGGACAGCGCAGAGGCAGCUGCUUUAUCAGCAGGCAAUGGGGGCAGUGAUGGAGCUCCAGGGUCAUAUUAUGAUGCUCGCUGGCUGAACGUGCACGCGGACGACGGGACACUAGCAGCACGGGCACGGCGGCUGGCACUGACGCCAAGCAGACACUUUGACCACAUCGCCGUUAACACCAGCUACAGCGCUGUGCUCAUGCCACCCUACAUCAACACUGACGAUGGUGAGGUUCAGAACCAGAUCGCGUGGUCGGAGCACUUGGACCCUCUGUUCGUGAAUAACUAUGAGAUUGAUCCAACACUCUCAUGGCAAUACUACGCCUCUUCCACCGGAUUCAUGAGGCGAUAUCCAGCCAUGUCCUGGCCUCCAGAAGAUGGCUACUCACACCACGCAAGAGACUUCUACGACUUUAGGUCUUCAAAUUGGUUUGUGGAAGCAGCAACAUCACCUAAGGAUCUCGUGAUCUUGCUUGAUGACUCCGAUGACCUAAGCUCGUCUUACUGGCGGCUGGCCAAGUCCACCGUCUCCGCUUUGCUGGACACUUUGGGACCGAACGAUUUCGUCAACAUCUAUCGAUACAGCGACACGAUAUCCGAACUACACUCCUGUUAUACGAAGGUUUUAGCUCAGAAAAAGCAUUUCCUGGCAAUAAUGAAUGCAACGAAAUAA